CCCAUGUUCCGACCUAUCCAACCUAAGCAGUCAGCCGUCAAAGAGAUCUCACGAAGGGAGCAAGCGGAAGCCAUUGCACGGUUACUGCCCAAGAGGCGUCGGCGAGGCGGUCGGUUGCCAAAGAGAAGGCCAGACACAAGCGACCAGCCUCUGAGAAAACAGAUUCGAUUCGGAAUGCGCAGACAGAGAAGACGAGAUCUUCAAGCUGAGGACCUCGCCAGUGUGCUGGCCUUCUUAGAGGAAGAGUUUGCCGUAAAAGAAAGGUUGUCCAACGAGCAGACGUGGUGUGCGCCCAUACCGCACGAGAGAAAGGUGUCGACCGUGCAAGACUUCUAUAGAGCGUUCCACGAUGCGAACGCGUUACCAAUAUGGACUUGCACGUUGUGCUACCGCAAGCGCACGAAAAGGCUCUCGCUCGCCAUUUUCAUGUCAGAGGUGCUUCUCCGUGGGCAAGGCGAUCUCGGGCUGUGUGGAGUGUGUACGUGGUUUGAGGCGGGGUGCCCUGUCGCCCGCGGCUCAGCUUCACAGACGUAUUGGGACCUCACACCGGUUGAGGAGAAGCUCAUCGCGAUGAAUUCGUGUUAUGGGUUUGUCACCAGGUACAGCAUCCCAAGCAGCCAGAAGCAGACCGCAAGGUACCCGAAGCAUAUCAAGGGCCACAUUACGGUGUUUCCGAAUAACGUGCAGGAGCUGGCCACGAAAGUGCUUCCUCAUCCGCUCGUGCAAGUCAUGGAAGAGAUCCAUGUCUGGUGGCAGGGUGCGGAGAAGCCAGCACCAAGCGACUUGUCAGGCCUAUUGUCAGUGAGGCGACGAGUCGUUGAGAGGGCUCUUGUGUGGCUUAGGAAGAACAAUCCACAUUACGCCGGGAUCGAGAUUGAUGUGGCUGAGAUGGAGAGC